UGAAACAUGCAGAGACCUGCCUUGACUGAGAGUAGCAAUAAAACUACAAAGCUUGCAUAUCAGUUGCCAUUUCUUCGCAUCUCGGGAAGAGAUACAUUCAGCUUCUUGUGCUGUUUAUCCUUGAGUUCACGGUGCUGCAAUAUUUCUGUCAAGAAUAUCGAUUUCCACUCUCGUUGCACUUUCUGUUUCGCUUUUGUGAUGGGUGCAAAGCUGUUGAUUUUUACGCUGAUCGGUUUGGCGAUCUCUGUGGAUGGUUCUGAUGAUCCAAACCUUCCGCGAUGCGACUGGCCAAGAGGAGUGUGCACUUAUGUUAAUGAUCCGUGUCCACCGGACAUACCAUAUGACUGCCGAGACCAGAUGUACUGUCCAUUAGGAACAAACAAAUGCUGCUGCCGGUAUCCGCAACCAAAGCCACAUGUUCCGAGAUGCGACUGGCCGAAGGGUGUGUGUACUUAUAUUGAUGAUCCGUGUCCACCGGACAUACCGAUUGACUGCCGAGACGAAAUGCACUGUCCAUUUUCUACAAACAAAUGCUGCUGCCGUACCUCGGAGAAGAUAAAGGAGGCAGAGAAAAUCGGGAAAAAGUCUGAAUUGUAAUCAAUCUGAAUUCUUUUCCUGUCAGACACUGAUGAGAUAGUUGAGGUAGAGGUGUUAAAAAACAAUCCAAAUUGAAGUGGAAUAAAAGCAAUUUUGAGUUU